UGACCACGGAAAUGCAUAGCACGAAACCUUCCCAUUGAUGACCUCCCUCGAUGAGCGGAAGCUUAAAGGUGUAUUCGUAUUGCUAUCGUGAUACGGGCAUGGUUUGAAUGCAUCUACACUUGAUGUUUGGCCAUGUUCAUCUCCCUUUCUCAUAUUACCUUUCUUUGACAAGAAUACAAUCAAUAUUCAACGAAGUGAAGAAACACGAAAGAACUGCAAUUCAAAAAGACACGACCUAAACGCAAACCACAUGUUGUAGCACGAUUCGACAGUCACGCGUACAAAAUCCUGACGAGGCUGAAGCAUACAUAUGCUGCGUCAUUGCCGUGCCCACGACGACAGUGCAGGCUUCCUGGAGAGCGCACUACGUCCUCUAGAAGUCGUGGUGCUCGGAUCCGCGCCAUUUGGCGUUCGCUCUACUGUAUCGCGUCGGAGCGAUUUCAAGGCUGAAGUCGAUAGGAGUGGGCUUAGUAGGCGGGGAUGGGUACUACAAGAACCCUUCCCUAGCUCGAGGACACAGCACUUAACUGCCAAGUCGAUGUUUUUCGAGGACGAGCGUGGAGUGGCCAUGGAGGAAGACGCGUUUGAUGAUGUUGUCUCGAGCUUUGGAGCGUUGUCUCCAUUACCAGGCCCUACUUUGCCUAUGCUUCGCAGUCCACUUGCUAUACCUGUCGCCAUUGGCGACGGCAGUUCUACUGCACUUCAGACAAGAGGAGAAAGAGCUCUGGCAAUCCGAACCUCCUAGAUGAAGCCGCAGAACUGGACGCAGAGCAUGUGCCGAAUCGCACCCUUCAACCUGGAGUCUUCGGGGGUCUGAAGUACCAGCGUUCGAACUCCUGGAGCGAUACUGCAAGGCAGAACUCACAUACGAGAUGGACAAAUUCUCCGCAAUAUCCGGUCUCGUGAAGGCGUUCCAGGAAUACACCGGAGACCGCUUCAUUGCUGGUAUUCGGGAGGAUACCACGUACAUUGGCCUACUGUGAGCCGCCAUCGAUACGCCGUUGAAGCGCCCUCAAAAGGAGCACUUCGCCUCAGUCUUAGAACUAUCUCGUCUUCUUUCGUUCAUCACCC